AUGCACAACAACGAUGACAAGGACUUCACAAAAGAGCAAGGACCUUCACUAUGGCAACGGUGGAAACCACGCCUUGCACCCCUCAUACAAUCCUACUACAUCCAGUUCUUGACAGGCAUGAAUGACGGCAACUUGGGUAUCAUUUUACCAAGCAUUCAGGCACAUUACCAGGUGACACAAUCAAUUGUAUCCAUUGUAUUUCUAUGCUACGCCUCUGGAUUUGCUAUUGCUGCUUUAUUGAAUGGCUUUAUCGUUAAACGCUAUCGACAAUCGAGAGCCAUCGUCAUUGGUGGUAUAGCAUUGACGCUUGGGUAUGGUUUGGUGCUUCCAGCAUUGCCAUUUCCAGCACUGUGCGCGUCAUAUGUGUUUAUCGGUUUCGGUGUUGCUCUUGUACAAUCCGGGGCAAAUGUUUACGUGGGCGAGUUGCCUGAUUCGACAAUGAUGCUGAAUUUCUUACAUGCAUCUUUUGGUCUUGGUGCUUUGGUUGGACCCUUUGUGGCUUCAGCUGUAUUAUCACGAUGGGCUUGGAAUACCACUUACAUGAUCUUGUGUGGGUUGGCUGCCAUCAAUGCACUUACGACACUGAUCACUUUUCGACACGUGAGGAUUGCUGAUGAACGACAUCAUUUGGAUUUGCAUCAUCCAGAUUUGGAACGUACAGCAGUGGACAUGCAUGAUAGCGAUAGUGCAUCAACGGCAUCAUCGCAUACGUUUGUUGAAGACAAGAACAUCUUAUGGUCAAGCAUUCGUCAACGUGUAGCCCAUGUGGGUGCGGUGUACCUAUUAUUUUACGUCGGCAUUGAGGUGACCUUGGGUAAUUGGGCGUACACGUUCUUGAUCAAUGAGCGUAGCUCAGACAAUGAUGCCAUGUCACAUAUCAUGUCAGGCUAUUGGGCUGGCUUGUGUAUGGGACGCAUUGCUCUUGGAUACAUCACUCUUCGAUUUGGUGAGAAGCGGAUGGUUUAUAUCUAUAUCAGCGUCCUUAUUUCCAUGCUUGUGGUGUUUUGGCUGGUACCCAAUGUUCCUAUCAAUGCAACGGCACUCGUCAUUUCGGGUAUUGCUCUUGGGCCACUUUUUCCAACCUUGUUAUCCAUUGCUCGCCAAUGCGUGCCGUGUAGGUUGUAUGCAGCCACUGUUGGCUUCCUUAGUGCGUUUGGCAGUGCUGGAUCAGCUUUUUUCCCAUUCCUCACGGGUGUGCUUAUCGCCAAUGCCGGUGUUACAGCAAUACCACCUUUUACCAUGGCCAUGGCAUGCACCAUCAUGGUGGGAUGGAUAUUUGUUCCCAACCCAAACAAGCCAUCCAAAUCAUAA